GCCCGGGGGGGCGGUGUCACGCACGGCGGCGGCGGCGGCUCGGCCUCUGAGUGAAGUUAUUUUGAAGUGCGGGGGGGACGACGGAGUCUGCCGGAAAGAUGGCGGCGCCCGUGUCGCCCUUGGUUACCGCAGCCAGACACGCCGCCCGCCUGCUGCCGGCUCGGGCCGCGGCCCCGCGGAGAGCAUACACAAUUCAGGCAGCUGAGAACAUAGCCCCUAAUACUCUGGCAGAUGCUAACUCUAGGGCCUUGUUGGUUUGCAAUGGACCUUUAGAACACUAUGACUUUCUGAUCAAAGCAGAAGAGCUGCGGAAUGAUGAACAACAACGAAGAGUUGUACAAUGCUUACAGAAGUUACACGAGAACCUUAAAGGCUACAGUAUCAGUCCGAACAAUCUUCUGUUAAAGCUCUUUGCAAAAAGCAAACCUCCGAAAGGUCUUUACAUCUAUGGAGAUGUUGGCACAGGAAAGACAAUGGUGAUGGACAUAUUUUAUUCUUAUAUAGAAGUAGAGAGGAAAAAGAGAGUCCAUUUUCAUGGUUUCAUGCUAGAUGUACACAAAAGAAUACAUCGUCUUAAACAGAGCUUGCCUAAAAGGAAGCCAGGACUAAUGGCCAAGUCAUAUGAUCCAAUAGCCCCUAUAGCUGAGGAAAUAAGUGAGGGGGCCUGUCUCUUGUGUUUUGAUGAAUUUCAAGUCACUGACAUUGCUGAUGCCAUGAUUCUGAAACAGCUUUUUGAAAAUCUGUUCCAAAACGGGGUUGUCGUUGUGGCAACAUCCAAUAGGCCACCUGAAGACCUCUAUAAAAAUGGGCUUCAGAGAGCUAACUUUGUACCAUUCAUCGCUGUGCUGAAGAAAUACUGCAGCACAAUCCGACUUGAUUCUGGAAUAGAUUAUAGGAAACGGGUUCUUCCUGCAGCAGGGAAACUUUACUACCUCACAAGUGAAGCUGAUGUGGAGGCUGUCAUGGAUAAGUUGUUUGAUGAGCUGGCUCAGAAACAAAAUGAUUUAACUAGACCAAGGAUUCUAAAAGUGCAAGGCAGAGAGCUGAAGCUGAAUAAAGCUUGUGGAACCAUUGCAGACUUCACAUUUGAAGAGCUAUGUGACAGACCAAUUGGAGCUAGUGACUAUUUGGAAAUAUCUAAGAAUUUUGACACAGUCUUUGUUCGUAACAUACCACUACUUACCGUAGCAAAAAGGACCCAAGCUCGCCGCUUCAUUACUCUUAUUGAUACAUUUUAUGAUCAUAAGGUACGUAUUAUUUGUUCUGCAUUGACACCUCUCCAAAACUUGUUUCUGCUAGAACAUCAUGACAGUAGCCUGGAGGAAAGCAGAAUACUGAUGGAUGAUUUGGGGUUGAGCCAGGAUUCAGCUGGAAGACUUUCCAUGUUUACAGGAGAGGAGGAAAUAUUUGCAUUUCAACGAACUAUCUCACGACUUACAGAAAUGCAGACUGAACAGUAUUGGAAAGAUGGGGACAGAAGCAAGAAAUAAUUGUAGCUCAAAGAUGAACAAAACCUCUCAGGACACAAAAAAAGAGCCAUCUGCUGAACUUCAAAUUUCUUCUCUUUUACUGAAAGGAUACGCAUCAUUCUCUGAUAGUUUCCUGAGGUACGUAUACUUGAUCAUAAGCUGGUUCGUUUAUAAACCGACCCCCCCCCCAAGAUGGAUAAGUAAAAAUGAAAAAUGUUUAUAACCCGUUCAUAAGCCGACCCUAUAAUUCAUGAGGUCAGCAAACUUUGGCUCCCCGGCUAUCAAGAUAAGCCCCUGGGGUCCGAGAUGGUGUGUUACCUCAAGCAGCCACAGGCAUGGAGAUAAACCUAAGUAAACAAAGUGACAGAGUGUCCCGGCUUGCCAGCUGCUUACCCUGACAGCAA